ACUGCACGUCUUUCUCUUCAGUGUGUUAGACCCACUAUCAGUUCUUACUCUUGCCAUCCCUCAGCCCGACUCACGGUAGCUUCAGCCUUCUCGCCUUCUCCACCUCGGGGCCUUGACUCGGAGGCUACAGAUCAGAGCAGAGCAGAGCCGUAGCGCAGCACGGCAGAUCGGCGCACGCCACAGCACGAUGCUCUUUUGGGGCGUGGAGGUGAAGCAGGGAGAACCAAUCGUGUGCGACCCGGAAGAUGGUCCCGGAGGGCCGCUCCACAUCUCCCAGGCUGUUCUGGGCCCUGACGCGCCCCUCAACAAGCGCGUAUUUGUGCGAGUGAAGAUCCUAGAGCCAGAAGAGGACGAGGAGGAGGGGGAGGAGGGGGAGGAAGAGGAGGGCAAGGAGGGCGAGGAUGCUGCAGCAGAUGGAAAUGCGGGGAAGGCGGAGGGAAGCCCCAAGGCCAAGGGAAGCCCGGGGGGAAAAGCAAGUCCUGGUGGGAAGGGCAGCCCAGCAGGCGGAAAGGGCAGCCCUGCGAGUGCAAAGGGCAGUCCCGGGAGCAAGACUGGGUGUGCGGGGAAGGGGUGCUGUGAGCCCAAGGGAAAGAGGGGGCACCACGUGGGUGCUGGUGCUGCUGCUGAUGCUGACCGUCCGAUCCUGAUCUGCUCGCUGACUGCGGGCGGCGCCGUGGAAUGCUGUCCGUUGGAUCUGAUGAUGGACGAACCGUUUGAGAUCAGCCUGGUGGUGGCGGGGGCAGGGGAGGGAGAGAAAAAUGCAGAUUGCUCGGUGCACCUGUCGGGGUAUUACAUGGCGGAAGGGGUGAUGGGGGAUGAGGAGGAGGAAGGGGAGGAGGGAGAGGAGGAGGAGGAUGAGGAGGAGGGGGAGGAGGUGGAUACUGAGGAGGAGGAUGAACACCUUGCGAGCCUUCCGUUGGAGUGGCAGAGGGCGCUGGUGGCGGACAGCGAUGAUGAAUCCGAGGAGGAUGAGGAGGAUCAAGACGAGGAGGAGGAGGAUCAAGACGAGGAGGAGGAGGAGGAUGAGAUGGAGGGAGUGGUGCUGGCCAAUAGCAACCAGACGGGAGUGCGCAUAGUGGAGAUAACGGACGAGGACCAGGUGACAGUCAAGACUGCAGCUGCAGGGGCUGGCUCGGCUGUAGCAGCGCUUCCAGCUGCUGAGCCUCUUGUUCAGGAGCCCGGUGCUACAGCCGCUGCUGGAGACAAGGGGAAGAAGGGUGCUGCAGGUAACGACAAAAAGCAGCAGCAGAAUAAGCAGCAGCAGCAGCAGCAACAGAAGAAGGUGCCUGGGGCAACAGUGGCAGGGGCAGAGAAGAGGAAGGGAGAGGCGGCAGUAGCAGGAGGGGAGGCAGCGGCGGCUGUGCCUCCAGGGAAGAAGAGUCGCGUAGCUGAGCAAAAGGAUGCUAAAGCGAAGCAGGUGGAGCACAAGAAGGUGGCGGAAGAGGAGAGGAAGAAGAAGCAAGAGGAGGAGAAAAAGAGGAAGAAGCAGCAGGAGGAGGAGAAGAAGAAGAAAAAGAAGGAAGAAGAGGCGAAGAAGAAGAAGCAGGAGGGGGAAGCAUGGGCCAAGGCAAAGCAAGUAGCAGCAGGAGCAGCAGGGUCGCCGGGUGCUGCUGGGGAGGAGAAGAAGGGGAAGACGAGGAAGCGGGUGUUUCCGGGGGGCAUGGAGGUGGAGGAGCUAGCCAUGGGGAAGCCGGAUGGGAAAGUAGCCGAGCCUGGGAAGAAGGUCACGAUGCGCUACAUUGGCCGCCUUCAGAAGUCUGGGAAGGUCUUUGACUCCAACCUCACUCACCCCCAACCGUUUGCCUUCCGCCUCGGUGUUGGAGAAGUGAUCAAGGGCUGGGAUAUCGGCGUCAAAGGAAUGCGAAUCGGUGACAAGCGCCGUCUCACCAUCCCACCUGCACUAGGGUACGGCUUCAGAGGAGCCCCUCCGAAGAUUCCAGGCAACGCAACCCUGGAAUUCGAUGUGGAGCUCAUAGGUGUCAAGUAGAGGGUAACCAUCUUCUGAUCGGUGUGGUAACCAUCACCCGAGUGGUUUGGUAACUGGCACCCAUUUGUUGUGGUAACCAUCACCAAAUUGUUGCAGUAACUGUACGUGCAUGUGGACUAGAGCAUUUUUUGUUUAAAUGGCAGACCAUGUAGGUGAUUGCAGAGGGCCAGGGGAUACUCUCAAAACUGAAUAAUGGGUUAGAAUAGGAGAGUACAAGGUAAUAUAAGCUAGGGAGUUGUACCCUAAGGCACAAACCUGUAUAGUCUAUAGUAACAUACUAAGAUAAGUUU